AUGAACCCGAUUAAAAUAUAGCGUGCUCUUAUUCCUCUUGAUAAAAGCAUUAAAAAAAAGAAAAUAAAUUCUAAAAACAAAGGCUUAUCUCAAAACUCAAUCGUUAAGCCAAAAGAGUUUGUGACCUCAUUUAUUUUUCCAAAAAAUAUUAACUAGAGACAAUACUUUAGAACCAAAGAAAACAUACAAUUUGCCUUAACCACAUUCAAUGAGAACACACUUGGAGAAUUAGGGAUCAAUAUAUUCAGUAUCGGAUACUCUGUUAAUUAAACUGAAGUCAGAUAACAGAAGAUGGAAUAUCAUUUUCAAGUGAGAGACUUUGAAUUAGCUGAUAUAUCUACAAUAUAUCAGAUGUUGAAAUUAAUGAAAAUGGAAAAGGCAUGUACGAAUUUGAGUAAAUACCUGUAAAGAUAUGAGCAAAUUGCAUCAAUCCCCUUUUCUACGUAAUUCGAAAUAAAUUAAGUGGAAGAACUUGCUUCCAAGUAUCCCUAUGAAUGCUAUACAUUUCGACAUGAAAGACAUGAAUCUGUGAUACUAAAAUAUACACAUAAUAUAAAGUUUCUCCAUUUGAUGGGUAUUACAAUUGACAUGAUUGAGGAAUAUUUGAGGGAAACAAAAACACUUCCUUGUGCUAUUAGAGUCAACAAUUAUUUACAAAUUUGGAAUUAGGUAUUUGAAGCAGUUUCUAAUGAUCAAUAAAUAUUUGAAAUGGAAGUGUAAAAUUUUAAUGGAAAAAUAUUCUAUGUUAAAAUUAAAUAAGUUCAAAUUUUUAUAGAAUAGGAUGGAAAACUGUAUGGUUAUUUAUAUUGGAUAUACCUAACUGAUACAAACUAAAAUUUAGCAAUCUAAAACUAUGAGGCAUCAUUAGAAAAACUUUAUCCAAAACCAAAAGAAUGUCUUUACAAAUAAAUAAAAUGA